AUGGAUAAGAGUAGGAUGUUUUUACCAAGACAAACUGAGGAGUAUAGAAAUGGUGUUCAAAGUUUCUUACAUUUUGUAUUUUCUAAUGCAAAUAUAAAUGGAAUGAUUUUAUGUCCAUGUAUACGGUGUAAGAUUGGUAUAUUUGUUUCAAGAGAGGUUGUCUUUGAUCAUUUGGCGGUUGAUGGAUUUAUCAAAGGUUAUACUCAUUGGGUAGCUCAUGGAAAGAUAUCAUAUAGUACAUCUAGAAACUCUGCUUCUGUUCCAUCUAAAAAUUAUGCAGAUGAUAUGCAAGGUUUAAUUUAUGAGGCAUUUGGGAUCUCAGACAAUGAUAAUAUAAUUAGCACAUUAGAAUUUGAAAAUGAUAACAAGAUUCCAACAGGAGAGGCUGAGAAAUUCUAUAAAUUAAUUGAUGAUUCACAAAAAGAAUUAUAUCCAGGAUGCAAGAAAUUCUCAAAACUUGCAUUCAUGAUUCGCUUGCUUCACUUAAAGUGUCUAGGCAAAAUUAAUAAUAAGAUUUUUGAUAUGCUUUUAGAUUUGUUGAGAGAAGCAUUUCCUAAUACAAUGGAUGAUUUGCCUAAGUCAUACUAUGAAGCAGAGAAAUUGAUGAAGCAAAUAGGACUUGGUCAUGAAAAGAUUGAUGCUUGUCCUAAUGAUUGCUCUUUGUACUGGAGAUUGGAUAAAGAAAGAAUUCAAUGUGAAACAUGUAGUGAGCUCAGAUGGGAAACAUCCGAAAGUGAUUCUACCGGUGAAAAGAGAAAAAUUUCACGUAAGGUUUUAUGGUAUUUUCCAAUAAAGCCUAGAUUACAACGGUUGUUCAUGUCAUCCAAAACAACAUCCCAUAUGAGAUGGCAUUCUGAAUCUCGCACAAAGGAUGGUUACAUGCGACAUCCAGCUGACUCUCCGGCUUGGCAAACAUUUGAUCAUAAACACUCAAAAUUUGCAAAGGAUCCUAGGAACAUAAGGCUUGGUUUAGCAUCAGAUGAAUUUAAUCCAUUCAAAAAUAUGAGUGUGGCACAUAGUACAUGGCCGGUCAUUUUAAUGCCAUAUAAUCUUCCACCAUGGAUGUGUAUGAAGCAACCAUACUUUAUGUUAUCAUUAUUGAUACCCGGCCCAUUUGCUCUAGGAAAUAACAUCGACGUCUACUUGCAACCUCUUAUUGCAUAUUUAAAGGAUUUGUGGGAGACAGAAGUGCAAACAUAUGAUGCAUCAACUAAACAAAAUUUUCAAUUGCAUGCCGCAUUACUAUGGACUAUUAGUGAUUUCCCUGGAUAUGUAACCUUAUCACGAUGGAGCACUAAAGGACAGCUUGCAUGCCCAAAUGUGCGCGAAAAUAUUUGUGGGGCAUUGCUGAAUAUGGAAGGAAAAACAAAAGAUAAUCUUAAAUCACGACUUGAUUUGCAAGAAAUGGGGAUAAGAACAGCACUUCAUCCUAUUGAGAAAGGACCAAAGAAAGUUUAUUUACCUCCAGCAUCUUUUUCAAUGGAGAAAAAAGAGAAGAAUAUGUUUUGCAAGGUUUUAAAGCAAAUUAAAGUUCUAGAUGGCUAUGCAUCUAACAUAUCACGAUGUGUUCAAAUGAAACCGCCAAAAAUAAUUGGUCUAAAAAGUCAUGACAAUCAUAUUUUGAUGCAGCAAUUGUUGCCAGUAGCACUACGUAGAACCUUAGCUUAUCUAAGUCAGUUCGAGUUUCGUUGA